AUGAACCGUUCAGGUGAAAGUGGUCAAACUGGUCAAAACGAUCAAGCUGAUCAAACCGGUCAAGCUGCUCAAAACGGUCAAGCUGCUCAAACCAACCUACCUGGAGAACAUGCUUUUUUUUUCCGCGGACACAAAAAGAGCGUCACGUGCGUUACUUGCCCAGAUUUUAACCUUUCCUUCUUUGACUACUACGAGUACGAUGUGGGAACUGGCGAGUGUGAUGAGCGCAAUGCUUACGGAGGGUACAACAGCGGGAAGUUUUACAAAGAGGAUAGUCCCAGGAGCAGCCCGCAGGGAGGCGACCCCUUUGGAGACAACGCCCAACAUGCCAUGCAGCCGAAGGUGUUCCCCAACGUUUCCCUCAGCACAGCCUACACGGGGGGUAAAGACGCCUGUAUCAUCGAGUGGGACUUAGCUAGAGGAGAGAAGGUUCAUAUUUAUAAAGGAAAUCCCAGCGCCUUUCAACAUUUUGGAAGGAGCAACGGAAUAAGCCAUUUCAAGAGUGUAAUGGAUUUGUAUUGUCAUAAAUUUAAUUCCUUUUUCAUAUCUGUUGGGGCGGACAACUUAAUAAAUACAUGGGACAACAGAGUGAAAAAAACAUGCACCCAUUCUGUAGUUGGACACAAAAAUGUCAUUAGCUCAAUUGUUGGGAGUAAUGAAAAUACGGAUGAGUUAAACAUGGAAUACAAUUUCUUCACAUCCUCCUAUGAUAAAUCGAUUAAAUUAUGGGACUUGCGAUUUUUGGACAAAUGUAUUAAUACCUAUAUGGGACAUACGAACGAUAUUUUAAGCAUGACUUCUUUAACCCAAAAUAAAUUAAUUACCAGUUCGAGUGAUUAUACUCUCCGUUUUUGGAACACCAAAAAUGAUAACCAUAUUUUGUUUAACUUAAAUUACGAAAUUGUGGAGUCCUGCUGUUCCCUUAACAACAGGGUCUUCAUCGCGGGGACCUUUUCUGGCCAUAUUUACAUUUUUUCAUCUUCUUAUAAGAAGCCUAUUUGUAUUUGCAAAAAUGCACACAGCUCCUACGCAGUGACGGCCCUUGUUAGCAUCCCGUUCACGGAUAUUUUCAUUUCCGGGUCGUACGAUGGUUAUGUAAAUUUUUGGCAGUACAAAAGCGUUAGCAAAACGUCGGCUACCAUGCGGAAGGUCCUGGCCGUUCCGGUGGACGGCGCCGUAAGCAAGUUUUCCUUCUCGCCUAACUACGCGUAUCUGUUUGCCUCCGUCGGGGACGAGAUGAAGCAUGGCAAGUGGACGCGCACGCACAGCAAGAACGGGCUGGCC